AGAGAUAGCCCAGCCACCGGCGUCGGUCUUAUUCUCGGCUUUUUGUCUCCCGGAAGAAGCUUCGAAAGCAGACAAGAUUCAAAACGAGGCUCUGAGAGCCCAGGGCAAUAGCCUCCAAAACCUUGACAUCGAUUUGAAGCGCUUACCGAUAUGGAGGCAGCGGAACCUGUAUCCUACGAAUUCCCAGGCCAUGCUAUCGGCGCCGUUGCACCCCGUCGGAUGAUGAACACCAACCUAGGCCAUACUCUACCAUUUUACACCAGCCCGACUGCUUCAUUCCCUCUUUCUUUUCAUCAACAUUCGUCAGCGAGCUAUGGCUUCGGACAUGGCAUGAAUCAGCACCAUCAUCAUCCACACCAGCAUCACCACCACCACCAGCAUCACCACCACCAGACUAGCUACCAGCAUUACUUCGUAGCGGGCCAGCAACCCUUGAACUCCCAGCCGGUACGCCUCUCAUCGGAGCCGCCCUCUAUCCAGCCAAUUCCAGAGAUUCGACCGGCCAAGAACGCGGUCAGUCGGAUGACGAAAGAUGCCUCGGCCAGUAUUGACCACAAGUCGAGCGUUCAGCAGCCAUUGGGACAGCAUCCGACGUCUGGAGGACCAGCACAGGGGAGAAGUCCAUGCCCGAAUGAAAUCGAAUUCUCAACCGAAGUAGACAUCCUCAUGAAAACGAUACAAUCAAAGGCCAGCACUCAGUCGGCAAACGUGCAGUCACUCCCGCCACUUCAGCAAAUGACGCAUGGAGUGAAUCCAAGUACCUUCGCCCCUCAAUAUUCGAUUUCAGCAGCCACGAACCCGCGCUGUACUGUGAUUGUUGAAGAUCAGCCACUGCGUUCAGGAAAGAAGCGCAAGUAUGCUUGCACCCUUCCACAUUGCGGCAAGAGUUUUGCGCAGAAGACACAUUUGGACAUCCACAUGAGGGCCCACACAGGAGACAAGCCCUUUGUAUGCAAAGAGCCCCUGUGUGGCCAGCGCUUCUCUCAACUUGGAAACCUGAAGACCCACCAGCGACGCCAUACAGGAGAGAAGCCAUUUUCCUGUGAGAUAUGCCAUAAACGAUUUGCCCAGCGUGGCAAUGUUCGCGCACACAAGAUCACCCACCAACAUGCAAAGCCUUUCACUUGCCUUCUGGACGACUGUGGUAAACAAUUUACACAGUUGGGUAACCUAAAGUCACAUCAGAACAAAUUCCAUGCAGCAACCCUGAAAAAUCUGACUCUGAAGUUCUCUCAGAUGACGGAUGCAGAUAACAUGAGCUCACAAGACCAGAAGCUCUGGGAAUACUUUUCUACCUUGUACAAGAAUAGUAACAAGGGCAUCAAAGGCCGCGGAAAAGAUCGCAGGAUAUCCCCGAUUGCGAGAUCCGAAACCAGGCCCGACACCCGCAGAAGGCUGCAGUCUCUUACUAACAGUGACGGAAAGGGGCGGCGCCCAAGUUAUGGAGAUACGUCGACCUAUAACGGAGCUUCCAGUAGCGACGAAGAGGAUGUUGGACCUUACUUCCUUGACAGGCAAGGACACUGA